CUACUGCUAGAACUGUUGGUCAUCUCUCCAAGAGCGCUGAGGUAAUGAAGCUAGUCAGUAGUCUCAUGAAGGCUCCUGAAGUGGCGACGACCAUGCAGGAAUUUAGCAAGGAAAUGACAAAGGCUGGUGUCAUUGAGGAAAUGGUGAAUGAUGCUGUUGAUUCAGCUCUGGACUCUGAAGACAUAGAAGAGGAAACUGAAGAGGAGAUUGAGAAGGUGCUUACUGCUAUAGCUGGUGAGACAGCUUCCCAGCUUCCAGAUGCAGUUAGGAAGGGAAGGAUAAAGCAACCUGCUUCCAGCCAGAAAGCAGAGCAACAGUCUGAGGCAAUAGCUGAAGGUGUAGAUGAUGAGGGAGAGCUAGAGGAGAUAAGGGCGCGGCUCGAUAAAGUGAGGUCGUAAACGUUCUUUGGUAAUUUUAACCAACACAUCUAAAUUGAGUCGUCUCCAGGAGUGAAUGAGUGAUAUACAGAGAAAUGAACAUAAUAAUGUUUAAUGCCACCCUUAUUAUGUGUUAUAUAGCCCUUGUAUGCUCUAUAAUUGUAUGUAUUAAAAGAUCAAAUCCAAGAUCCUUUGGAUUUCGGAGAUAAUUGAUGAUUUUUAAGUGAAUCAAAGGCUUGUGG